AUGCUCAAACGAAAAAUUGAAAAACGUCCAGACAAGCAGGUUCUGAUCAAUCGCCGGAUUCUUAAAAUAAGCGAAACUGGUGCGUCUCCUUUUAUUCAAGAAAAGUGCAAUGCGUUGACUAAGAAUCAGUUAUGCGAAUCCCUAAACACCAAGCUUGAUCGUCGACCUGGUAGUCUGGAACUUGUUGAAAAAGGAGUGCUGCAGGUUGAUCCUGGAGUCGCAACUCUUAUUCGUGGGGGAUCCAUCCCGUACCCACGUGUUGCCUCCACAUCUCCAACACUUCUUUUUACGGUUCCCGAAGACUCGCCAAUCACGCAACCUCAGGCUCCUGCUGAUUCACCUAAGCAAUCGACGGCGACACCCCGUGUUAACGGCGCGAAAUCGCGCGCCCCUAGCCGAUCCCUUAAGGAUGAAACCGUCAUUAGUCGAUAUGGUUCGCUAGUAUUCCACAACUACUGCCCUUCGUCUGCGGCUUCUUCAAAUUCGCCUAGCCUUAGAGGUAUCAGUUGUGCCACCGCUGAACGUCUACCGAAACAUAGGGCUCGAGAAGUACAACAAGCGGAGUUAUUACACUUGGAGGACGCGGCACAGGUUCACAGGCAGUUGGGUCAGGAGAUUUGCCAGCUCAACGGUCGCCCACCUCAAAAAGUUUCCCAUUCAACCACCCCAGUGCUUACUUCGGUGUUGCAGCCUGUGGUGGUCUCCCCUCGCGUGCAACAUCCGCCACCCCAGUGCUUCGUGCUUUCAAGUCCAGCUCCUUCCAUUCCACCACCACCGCCUCCUCCUCCACCAGCUCCACCUAAAUUUCCUCAAGUCUUCCCUGCUGCAUCUCACCGCAUAAUUGAUGGCGGAAAUGCUGCUCUUGUGGCAACUGAUGGUAGCCUGCAGACGCAGCUGCGGGUUCUCGACUUGACUGCCACCAGCGCCACCGCGCCCUCCGACUCGCCCCGCAUGAUAGCCGUGCAAGCCGCCUCGCCCGAACCCGCUCGAAAGGUGGCGUCGCUUGAGGAAAUCGAGUCUGUUUGGUUGAAUCUUCGGCGGUUACAGCAGGCGAUUGCGGAGGAAGCCUCGUCGAUCGGCCUGAACAUCUACACCAGCGACGGCUUCCCAGGUGCCUUCACCGUGGCAACAGCUAGCGAGGUGGAGCACUUCAACUCCCAUCGCAAUCAUCCAGCCUACCAACGGCUAAACCGCUUGGUCAAGGACCACGCCAGCUCGUGCAGUCUGGCACGCCUCCUAAUCUCCGACAGGCUGGAGUAUCUCGAUGAAACUGACGUCUUCGCUGUUUCAGGUGGUGACGAUGACCUGGGCGAGCCGAUCGACGCUUCACCGAAGCCUGUCGGGUCUGAUCUCGAGCGGAACCUGCUCAACUCCUACCUGCACCGCCUGGGCGGCAGCUACUACCAGCGAAGCGCUGCCCGACGUCGCAGGGCGCGGCAGCUCUCGUGUUUGACGCCGGCCACAACCGCCGCCGCUACCACCGUCAACACCGCCUCGCAGCCCUACUGGCGCAACAGCACCAUCCUCCCGGCCCACUCCGACACCGUCUUCUGUGGUCCCUCGUGCACUGGUACCCCUGAAAGCCUAGGCGGCAGCCUUGCCAGAGUCUGCCCAGACACGGAGGAUUGGGUGAACCAGUUGUGCUCCACAGAAGACUUUCAGACUACCCCGUCAGCCACGGGUGAUUCCUUCAGCUCGGUGACGACGGUGGCAGUUGCGCCCACCGCGGCCACACUCCACGUCACUACGUCGGUUCCUGCGAACCUGAACCUCGUCAACGCGCCGAACGUGCUGACGCGCGCCCCAGAUUCCACCGUGAUGAAGAUCCCCCGGACAGGCCUCUUCUUGCCGUCUUCUGUGGGCGGAAGUUCUGGCAGCUCUGGACCUGCCUUCACCGCUGAGAGCUCCUCCUGUUCCAUUCCUGCAACGAACUCUAUCAACGGACUGCUUCAGCCAACUCAAGGCGACCUAGCACCCAUGGAGUUUUCUACUGGUGACCUUGAUGACAUACCCUCCCCUCCACCUGCUACAACCCCCUCCCAAUCGCACGACCUUUCUGACGUCCAGGAUUUCUUGAGCACAUUCCCCUUCGAUGAGCAAUCCGAUAUGUGCGACGACGUGAUGGCCUUCUGUUCGACGUCUCCUGUAGCAUCCUCUGUUUCGAAGUUGCCGCUCCCACCGGAACCGCAGUUCUUUGCGUCCGCCAUGAUGCAGACUUCCGAAAGCGCUCUCUGGGGAGUACCGGGAGCCCAAACUCCAGCCGACCAAGGUCUCAUGGACACGUCCUAG